GCGUCCUUACGGAGGUUUCGUAUCCUUGUUGCGUCUCCGUAAACGAUCGAAGAGAGUUCCGGGUCGCGGUUCCGGUUCCUGCAACGGAAACGAGUGAGGAACAUCUCGAAAAACGAUAAACGAACGUCGUCGGGAAUCGCCAUCGGCUGCUCCGUUGCUUUUAUGGUCCACACGGACGUGAGCGAGGAGAAACAAUAGCGGCGUCCGUUGACGCGUCUCCGAGAGGGAGCAGAGAAUGAGUCAAGCGGAUCAAGAUCAGGACAAAAGCAUGGACAAGAAGGAGAUCGCCGAGGAGGAGAGGGAGAAGAUGCUGAACGCCGAGAACACGAAGCACACCGGUGCUGCACCUGCCCUCGAUCUCGAGUCCGAGGAGCAGAAACCGAAGAAGAAGAUACCGAUCGGCGGCAUCAAGAUGCCCGGAUUCUGUCGCACCAAGAGCAAGGAACCGUGCAAGGACGAUGAAACAAAACCGACAGAGCCCACAGAUGCGGAAUCAGUCCCCGUGAUAACAAAAGAGAACGAGCAGAAUACCGCAGAAAAACUUACCACUCCCGGUAAAGAUUCUAAAGAAAAGGAAGGACGAAAAGGAAUUCUGAAUGCUAUUCGGAUACCUUUGGUAUCAUCCGUUUUCCCUAGGAAAAAGAAAGAAGUUGAGAAUGCAGAGUUGGGACCGAUUGGCGCCGCGGGAUUAGCAAGUGUUGAAACUCUCGAUGACGGUGCUGAUAAGAAUCCUAUCAAUGAAGACGGUAUGGAAACCGUGCGUCUCGACGGAGGUGACGGAGCUGAUGGUGUCGAAUCACCGAAGCAUCCUUUGGUGAUCUGCAUAUCUACACUCAGAAAACACUUGGUUCUUUCAGUGGUGAUUCUGCUGAUCCUGCUCAGCGUCAUCGUCAUUGUUUGCAUUGCCUGCGUUGGACCCAAAAGAAUUCAAACUCAGCCUUUGAAGGAUGGCAAAUUCAUCGAUGCGAUAACGUCGUGCGGACCGGUACAGGGCGUUCUGGAGGACGGCGCCUAUGCGUUUCGCGGUAUCCCUUACGCGGUGCCGCCGAUGAUCAAUCGUCGCUGGCAAUCAGCCGAGGUCUUGAACCGUAUCGAGAACUGCUGGAACGGCAUUUAUCUGGCGCACAAUUCCUCCAAGCAUUGCUGGCAGCGUGAUGCACAAGGCAGCGAAUACGGCGAAGAAGAUUGCCUCUAUCUCGAUGUAUUUACCCCGGCAGUUCGUUAUGAGUCUCCACUGCCCGUAGUUGUUAUGAUUGGCGCCGAGACAUUGUUCGGUGGCUCGCCCGGAGUAAUGCAACCUUCAGCUAAGUUAGCGCGUGUUCGCGACAUAGUAUUUGUGCGACCAAAUUUCCGUUUGGGAAUUUUCGGAUUCUUGGCAGCCGAGCCUCUCACCAGAGCCGCUCAUCCUCCAACCUCGGGUAAUUACGGAUUGUCGGACAUUAUAGCAGCCCUUCAGUGGGUGCAAUCUAAUAUCGAGCACUUUGGCGGCAAUAAAUCAUCCGUUACUCUUUGGGGGCAUCGGGCAGGUGGCACCUUAGUAACGACAUUGAUCGGCUAUCGCCGUGCUAAAAACUUAUUCUCGAAGGUAUGGAUAUCCAGCGGCAGCGCAAUCUUCCCGGGCAAAGAAUUGAGUGAGUCGGAGAUUUCGAGUCAAAACUUUCUCGAAAAUGUUCAAUGUAAUGAUGUCUCUUGUCUAAGAAACAAGAGUGCCAAGGACAUCAUGGAUGCCGUACCAGAUAUAUGGUAUAUGCGUAAUGUGAACUUGCCUGAAACAAAGGAAGCUAAAGUCUCCAAGAGACAUGAAUGGCUCGUUCUGGAUGGUAAUAUUGUUCAAGAACACGUCGGUCGUAUCUUGGCGCAGAACAAACAUUUGGUAAAAGUAGUGAUGGGUACUACCGCGCACUCUGGUACACCAUCGCAAUUCUUAUCCGAAGCUCUUUCUCUUAAUGCAACACAAGUUCAGCAAUACGUACGAGAGUCUCUGCUCGGAACUAUGGGUUUAGCGGACGAAGCUCUCAAACGCUACAACACUACGUUGAAAGGAAUGAUUACAAUGAUUUCCGAUAUUCGUGUAAUCUGUCCAUUGCUGACAGUUGCCAGAAUGAGGGCCGAUAUACCGUUUUAUGUAGCCACUCAACCUCGUCGUGGACGCUUGGCCGAUCCGGAUAGCGAUGCCGCGGCCAUUCUAGGGACUUACGCCGCUGUCACACCUGAAGAAAAGAGACACGUAUCAGCUAUGCAACAAUUAUUCAAUCAUUACGUGUGGCAUGACGAGGUCGCACAAGCUGACCCAUCGGGUGCGAAACGAGUCCUCGUUGUUGGACAGGACACGCUGCUCGAGCAGGACUAUCCUAAUUGCGAUUUUUGGAUAAAACAAAAUAUCGUACCUCUGUAUGGUCGAGUCGAUUGAAAGGGCUCUCGCCGCUGUGUAGUCUCCGUGUUAAGAUCUGAAAGCUUGUUUCCCGAAUAUAAAUGCGCGCGCGCGUUGAAUUUUCCGAGGAUAAGAUUCUCUCACGGCACAGAUACGUACUAUAAAUAGAUCGAUAUGAUAAGUGUCGAAAUUACGCGAAUUAAUGAUUAAUUAAACUUAAUGAUUAUGCCUUUGUGGUGCGACGUAUAAUAGUAGUACCUGUUCGAAAAACACAUGACAAUUAAUUAAUAUAUAAAAGCUAAAGUAGAAAAUAACAAUUAAAAAAAAAUAAAGAAAUUUAUAUGUAGAUAUUUGUGUAUGUCGACGUAUAAAUUCGUUCUCAAUGCUAAAGAAUCAAUUGUAAUAUUUUACAAAAUGUUUAGCAGUGAGAAAUGAAUGUUCUUUAUAUCCGUGAUCCGAAAUACGUGCGUUCGACCACAAGGCAAGGUGGAUUAUUAUGUAUGUGUAUAAAUGUGAAUCAAAUUGUAAUAUAUUGAGCGUAAGAGGAGAGGAGAGUGUGACGAAGAAGACGUGCAGGAAAUUAUAAACGUAAAGCCUAAGAAAAUUGAAAAAAAGACCGAUAGUGACGUAUAUUAUAUAGCAUUUUUGCAAGAUGCAUAAGACCACACAUCAGAUGAAUACGAAGAUAGAAUAAAGAAGAAAUAGCAUACCUUUAGCCUUACAAGAUGUUUGGAUCAAGUAUUAAUUGUAUUUUGAAGGAAAUUUUCUGAAAUUUAAAUAGAAGAUCGACGCAUUUUGAUACAAUCGAGAAUUUAAUCGAAAACUUUAUGCAUAAUGCAAAGUUAUUCUUUGUAUGCCUAUUCGUAUCCAACUGUCAAAUAACAUAAAAUAACGUGAAAAGUUUCAGAAUAUAAAGUUCUAAGUGUAGAUAUCAGAGCAGGAACAAAUUGUAUCUUUAUGUAUAAUGAUAUGGACCAUAUUUUGUGCAUGCUAUGAAAAAUAUUUUUAGGUCUGUUUUUGAAGAAAACAUAAUACGGGACAUAUAUGCAUUUUAUCGCGUUUGUGGAAGCAAGUUUACCUCUAACUUUUCUUAAUAACAGUUUUUUAUACGAAAAUGCAUUUUUAUUAUGGAGAUUUUUUAUACAUGUAUAUAAUACUUAAUUGAAAAAAAAUACUCCUUUGCAUUACAAAGGAUCUACAGAGACUGAACGAAUUUAGAAUUCAGCUAUCUAGUUAUAAAGUCUUCAAAAAAGACUUUCUAUUUUAUUCAGAUUGAAGCUGCCAAAUUUGAUAUUUUUUAUAUUGCAUAUUAUCUACUUGGAUAAUAAAAUUAUUUACUAUAGAGAAUAUUUGAAUUUCUAGCAUGCAUUACGUAUGCGAUAAUUUUUCUGCGCGCCUCUCUUCCGUAAACGCGAUUCGUGUCCCAGAAAUAAAAAGUGAUCUUUAUCAUCUUUAAUUAAAUGAUCUUUAAUUAAAUGAUCUUUAUCAUCUUUAAUUAAGAGAUCACUUACACAUCAAUCAUGUAUUAUUAUAUUACUCAAUGUGUUAUUAAGUCAUUUAAUUUAUUUUC